AUGGCAAAAACCACGAAUCACACGUGGCAAACUCUGAUUGGUUUAAUCGAUGUGGCAGCUACCAUACCUAACGCCAAGAAGUUCAACGCCACGAAAGGAGAACGAUAUCGGAACCUUUUGAUCUACUUGCUAAAGAGAAUGGCUUUGAAUGGCGGAGCUCCACCACGAGGAAGUGCAGCUGCGGCGGCAGCCAACUUACGAAGAAGGAGGACCGGUGGCGCUACCGGAAGUUCAGCUCCAGGUGGAACUGCGGGAAACAUGCUGCAGUUUUACACAGAUGAUGCACCUGGAUUGAAGAUAUCUCCAAAUGUUGUUCUUGUGAUGAGCAUUGGGUUCAUUGCUUUUGUUGCUGUUCUUCAUGUCAUGGCAGCAAACUCAUGGUCAAUGCAAGAUUCUGCACUUGGGGAGGAUGUUGGUGGUGAUACUAUUGCCCGACGCUUACGUCGGAAAUGCAACAUUGAACCUUUUCUCGAUGAGUCACCUUUUGUUAUCGAGAUUGCUGAUGGUGAUGAGUUAUCAGGGGCAGAGGCGGUCCGUCAGGGGAAAACAAUCGAUGCGGGAGGUUGCCCCACCUCACCUUCGGCUUCGAAUGACAUCCCGUCGAAGGUGGGACAUUCCUUUUCGGGCGCUCCUGGGGUGGUCCUCGUAGUGGACCGCAUUGUCGAGAGCAGUGAGUUUGCGCUCGGAAUUCACCACAUGAAGGCCGCGUGGGUGGCUGCUGGUGUAGUGAAGGGAAAGCAGGCGGCGUUGGCAUUGUCCUCUGGUAGCGGCUCCGGCCCAUCCGAACCGGACGCCGGCGUUGGCAUUGUCCCCUGGACUUCAACGUUGAGCCGAGUGACCUAUUACCUUCCUUUUGUGGUCGCUUAA